GCUUUUCGGUGCCACUGCUCCGCAGCGUUCUUGUGCUUUCGCCGCGAAUGGAAGAAGACAACGCUACCGUUUCUGAGGCUCAAAGGUAUGCAGUAGUUACAGGGGGCAACAAGGGGAUUGGACUGGAGAUAUGCCGGCGUCUAGCGUCGGAAGGGGUCGUUGUCGUGUUGACGGCAAGAGACGAUAAGAAGGGUGCCGGAGCUGAUGAAGAUCUUAAGGUUUCUGGGCUGUCAAAUGUGGUUCUUCAUCAGCUUGAUGUCAAGGAUGCAGCCAGCAUUGCUUCCCUUGCCAGGUUUCUGCAAACUGAGUUCGGAAAACUUGAUAUCCUGGUCAAUAAUGCAGGGGAAAGUGGAGUCAUAACAGAUGAUGAAGCUUUCAGAACCUUCACUCUUGCAGGUGGCACUGUGACCGAUGAGAAUGCAGAAUUACUGAAAUUCAUGGUGCAGACUUAUGAUAAGGCAGCGGAUUGUGUUAAGACUAAUUACUAUGGCACAAAAGGAGUGACUGAGGCUCUACUUCCUCUCCUCCAACUCUCGGGGUCGCCAAGAAUAGUCAAUGUCUCCUCAUGUUUCGGACUGUUGAGGUUUAUCAAGAACGAGAGGGCUCGAUCAGAGCUGGAAGAUGUUGAGAGACUUAGUGAAGAUGCAAUAGACAAGAUUUUGCAGAUGUUUCUAAGGGAUUUUAAGGAAGACAAGCUAAAGGCAAAUGGUUGGCCUAUCACAUCAUCCGCCUACAGAGUGUCUAAAGCUGCCAUAAAUGCAUAUACAAGGAUCCUAGCGAGGAGAUUCCCUCGUUUUCGGGUUAACUGUGUUCAUCCUGGAUAUGUCAAGACAGAUUUGUCAUAUAACACGGGAAACUUGACACCAGAAGAAGGUGCCAGAGCUCCAGUGGUGCUGGCGUUGUUGCCUGAUGAUGGACCUUCUGGCCUCUACUUCGACGAGAUGCAUGCAUCAUCCUUCCAACCACGAGAGGAAGCCAAAGUCAUCAUCUGCCAACACCUCUGCUCUGCCACUCUCACAGCCAUUGCCUGCUUUCCGCUCCGCAGCGCUCUUGUGCUUUCACCGCGCAUGGAAGGAGAAAACGCCAACGUUUCCGAGGCUCAAAGGUAUGCAGUAGUUACAGGGGGCAACAAGGGGAUUGGACUGGAGAUAUGCCGGCGUCUUGCUUCCGAAGGGAUCGUUGUCGUGUUGACGGCAAGAGACGAGAAGAAGGGUGCCGGAGCUGUUGAAGAUCUUAAGGUUUCUGGGCUGUCAAAUGUGGUUCUUCAUCAGCUUGAUGUCAAGGAUGCACCCAGCAUUGCUUCCCUCGCAAGGUUUCUGCAAACUGAGUUCGGAAAACUUGAUAUCCUGGUCAAUAAUGCAGGGGAAAGUGGAGCUAUAAUAGAUGAUGAAGCUUUCAGAGCCUUCACUCUUGCAGGUGUCACUGUGAACGAUGAGAAUGCAGAAUUACUGAAAUUCAUGGUGCAGACUUAUGAUAAGGCAGCGAAUUGUGUUAAAACUAAUUACUAUGGCACAAAAGGAGUGACUGAAGCUCUACUUCCUCUCCUCCAACUCUCGGUGUCGCCAAGAAUAGUCAAUGUCUCCUCAAGUGUCGGACUGUUGAGGUUUAUCAAGAAUGAGAGGGCUCGAUCAGAGCUGGAAGAUGUUGAGAGACUUAGUGAAGAUGCGAUAGAUAAGAUUUUGCAGAUGUUUUUAAGGGAUUUUAAGGAAGACAAGCUAAAGGCAAAUGGUUGGCCUACCAUAUCAUCCGCCUACAGAGUGUCUAAAGCUGCCAUAAAUGCAUAUACAAGGAUCCUAGCGAGGAGAUUCCCUCGUUUUCGGGUUAACUGUGUUCAUCCUGGAUCUGUCAAGACAGAUUUGUCACAUGACACAGGAAACUUGACACCAGAAGAAGGUGCCAGAGCUCCAGUGGUGCUGGCGUUGUUGCCUGAUGAUGGACCUUCUGGCCUCUACUUCGAGGAGAUGCAUGCAUCAUCCUUCCAGUGAUGAGCAUCCCAAAAUUUUCUGAUUAUAGAUUGUGAAACAUGGGCAUGUGUAUCUUUCGGGAGGAGGGGCAAGGGCACCAGCUGAUGGCAGUAAAAUAGUAUUCCUUUCGAUCUUUUAAGUUCAAUAAUUAG